UUAGGGUUACUUUCGUUCUAACCCUUGCAGACUUCCUUCCUCUCAGACCUCAUACCCCGACGGCGCGACCAACGACCUGCGGCAGUCCCGACCGACGGUAAAUCACGACGAUCGGCGACUACGGCGGAUUUCCUUCAUAAAAAACGCUUCAUCUACAGCGACCGGCGACUACAGCCUUCUUUCCUCACAGAAGGGCUUCAUCUACGGCGAUCGGCGAUUACAGCCUUCCUUACUCACAGAAGGGCUUCAUCUACUGCGACUGGCGAUUACAGCCUUCAUUCCUCACAGAAGGGCUUCAUCUGCGGCGGAUUUCUUCUUGUAAUCAGCAGCAACAAGGAGCAGCGGCGGCCGGCGGGUCUUUUUAGAAGCCAAGAAAAGAAGACUCCAAAAUAUUAGGUCAUGGAUACAGCAAUUCACCUGCCAGAAAAAAUAGAAGGCAUUAAGAAGAGAAAAUCUAGGCGCAGUAAGGAUCGCAAGGAAAGGAAGAGAGUAAAAAUCUUUUCAGGUACUGGAGGAAAGGUCAAAAUAGAUAAGAAAAUGAAAAAGUUGUUUCGCAAGAGGGCAAGAGAGUACAAUUCUGAUGAUGAUGAUGAUGAGGCUAACCCUGAAGUUGGAGAAGCUAAUACAAGACCUCUUGAAGAGUUUUCAGUUGGGAAUUCUAGUGAAGAGGAGGGUAUAGAUGGCUCUGAUCCUGAUGCUGUUGAAGAAAAGGGGGAUUCUGAAGAUGAGGGAGAUAGAACUCAGCCAGGAAUUACAAAGUUCACAGAAGGUUGUAGAGCAUUCAGAGUAGCCUUCAUGAAGAUCACUAAGACAAAUGUGUCAGAUAAUUCACUGGGUCCUGUCUUGUCAGCACAGAAGAGGCUUAUUGCCAAGAAGCUUGCUGAAGAAGAAGCUGAAUGGAAGUCCAAGGGGGAUGCUAAGAAGGAGAAACAUUUGGUUGGAGAAAAAGGGCAUGUGAAGCCUGCUAAUUUCUUGGAUUCACGUGAAAAAUUUCUUAUCAGCGUUGCUACAAAAGGAGUGGUCAAGCUCUUUAAUGCUGUAAACAAAGCACAAAAUGCUCAAAAAGGAUUAAAUCCAUCAAGGUUUAAAGAUGCAAAAGCAUUAGGGAAGCGGCAGAAAGAAGCUUUCUUCUCAGAGCUACGGAAGCCAUCACAAGCUGUUGACCCUCCUGCCAAGGGUGAUGAUGGCCCUGCUUGGGCUCCAUUACGUGAUAGUUAUAUGCUUACAAGUUCUAAAUUGAAAGAUUGGGAUAAAAUGCCGGAGACGACUGUGGGAAAUGAUAUGGAUGGGAUUCCACUGGACAGCUCCUCCGAUAGUUCCUCUGAUGAUGAUUGAACUCAUAAAUCUUUUGAAAAAUAUGAUUGAGCGCAUGGAUGGGCCAUUUUGCAGGGAAAUUGUCAAGGGUUUUCAUAAAAUUCAAGUUGUGAUUCCUUAUUGUUAUCAUAAAUUAUUAUUAUUAUUAUUAUUAUUAUUAUUAUUAUUAUUAUUAUUAUUAUUAUUAUUAUUAUUAUUAUUAUUAUAUUGUAAGGUAGUAAUUUUCUUUCCCAUGUUCUCGGUGCUUCAAAAAUAUGCUACCAGUCUUUACAAUUUUUCUUUACCGAGACCUGUCUUAAUACUCGUAUUUGAAUGGGAACCCUUUCCAUGGCCAUGAGUUGAUAGCA